UUUUCAAAUUAAUUUAUGUCUUUUAUGCAAUCGAAAAAUUGCAGAGAGGCUGAAGGCGAGCUGUCUCUUAGUGGAGGAGACUAUUUACUAGUUUGGUCAGGUGGUGAACCUCAAGGGGGUUAUUUAGAUGCCGAACUUCUUGAUGGAAGAAGAGGCUUGGUUCCAGCUGCGUUUGUUCAACGUUUAGUAGGUGAUGACUUGCUAGAGUUUCACCAAGCUGUUUUGUCAACUUUACGAGAUGCUGAAGAUGGGUCAUUGCAAUGUGAUACAACGUCAAUGCCUUCAUUGCCACCAAAUAAUCCAUUAUUAACUCACACACAAGAAGAUUUGGCUCGACUAAGCGAAUCUCAAACAGAAAUUGAAAACGAAAGCGAUAUCGAUGACACUGGUAAGCAAACUUAUAGUAUAAUUUAUUGUUUUGCCUUAUCAAAAUCGACAAACUUCGAUUAUGUUGUACUGAAUUGAAGAAUUAAAAAGAGGCUGGGUUGCCACCCACACUGAUAACUUCAAAUCCCGUCUGACGAUUUGUCUUGCUUA